AUGGCUGAGAGUAAAUCGGACAUUCUUGAAGCAGGCAGGAAGUGCAGUAAGUGUAGGGGCCUUAUAAGACAUCAUAUUGGCCCUCAUGGAACUAAAUGUGACUUUGAAAUUCAAAAAGAAUAUCGAGAUCAGGACGUUGAAGUCGAUGUUACCAAUGAGAUUCUAGAAUUAAAGAAUCUCAUGGAACGUAUGAUGAUAAGUAAUGAAACUUUCAAGCAGGAUGUGAAGACUGAGAUGGAAUCCAUGAAGCAUGAGAUAUUGCAAAUAAAAUCUCGUUCCAAUGAUAGCAAUGAUAUACCAUCAACAUUUUCCGUACCGUCAAUGUCACCCAAGAAAGUCGUACCAUCAGCCCCUGCUAAACCGUCCAUACCCGUUAUGACGGAAACGAAAGUCUCUACCGAAGCAGAUGAAUCUGACACAUCAAUGAUUCUAGAUUAUCCUGUACCUCAGAAAACAAUAAAAGCAGUGAAAUCUGGUAAGUUUGUGAACAUGAUAGAUUUACUACCAGCUAAUCUUGUGAAUGAUUACAAUGAAAAUCCAGAUCCUAUCAUUUUAACACUUGAUAACGGACAUCUUCGUCAACAACACAAGCGUAAAGUUAAAACGAUUACUAGCUUUAAUCAGUGGUUAUCUGCUUGGAGUAUCUAUGAAUGUAUACUGAUUGAACAAAAUCCGAUCUUGUAUUCGAGUCUUAUCGCAUAUCGCACACUUAUCCAGGAAGCGGACAAAAAGUUCCAUUGGAAUGCGAUCAAUCUGUAUGACAUUAAAUUUAGAACAAAAUUAGCUCAAUCACCAUCACCCAAAUUUGACAAGAUGGAUAUUACGUUAUAUGUCACGACAUUGGAUGCGACAUGCGUCAAGAACACAAUCAGAUGUCACCGAUGUUCAGGGGACCAUAAAGUUAGUAACUGCCCCUUUCAAGCGAGCUCCACGAUGGCGCAGACAUCAUCGUCGGAUACAAAACAGAAGGCGGACAAAGACGAGGUCUGUAACAAUUAUCAAUUCGGAAACUGCAAAUAUGGAACAAAUUGCUACAGGAUGCACAAAUGUAAUGGAUGCGGCACCCUUAACGUCCCUCGAUCAAAAUGUACGAAAUGCCCAUCCCUUAACACACAUUAAUCCUUAUAGACCACUUUCUCCUGACGCCCUAGAAUUAGGCCUUAGGAAUCAUCCUGAUAAACAGUUCGUAGAGAAAAUAAUCUAUCAAGCCAAAAACGGAGUUUCGUUAGGUUUUCAAGGAAUUAGACAAUCGCAAAUACACAAUAACUGGAAGUCUGCAUUAGAAAAUCCUGACGUGAUCGAGAAAAAUAUUGCUAAGGAAGUCAAAAUGGGUCGUAAAGUGGGAUUCAGUU